AUGAGUGUAACUCCUCACGAGGACCCCCAAGACUUUGUUGACGAUGAGAAUGGCAAUCUAGCAAGCGGAGCCAACGAUGACGAGGGUGAUGAUGCUCUUCCACAAGACCUGUCUCUUGGAGACCUUGACAUAACGUCCUCGGACGUAUCUUUGAAAGGGGUAGAGGACGAGCUGGACACAUAUGCGGGCCAUGAGGUGCUGCGCGCAAUACUGGACCAGGGUUGUGAUCCCAAGGAAUAUGGCAGGCACUACGAGGCUCGGUUGCGCCAGGCUGAGCUGGAGUCCAUCCAGGACUAUCUGUCUGAAUCAGACAACCUCAUCAGCAGCUGCGACAGUAUCCUGGCGACAAUGGAGGGAAUGCUGGGCAAGUUUCAGGCGGAUCUGGGCAAUAUCAGCAGCGAGAUCCGAGCGCUGCAGGAGCAGAGCCAGUCCAUGAGCGUUCGCCUGCGCAACCGCAAGGCAGCUGAGGCCAAACUGGGCACCUUUCUAGACAACCUCGCCCUUCCCCCGGCCCUCAUCGAUGGCAUUCUCCUCGCACCCCCUGAUGCUGGCUUUGCGGAGCAUCUGCUGGCGCUGCACAAGAAGCUGGAAUUUGUGAGGGGCAACGAGAUGGCGGCCAAGUCGGCAGCCAUGCAUGACAUUGCUCCAGAGCUGGAGCGGCUGCGCGCCAAAGCUGUCACCAAGUCACGAGACCUCCUCAUGGCCAGGAUCUACCAGCUGCGCAAGCCCAAAACCAACAUCCAGAUCCUGCAGCAGAACGUGCUGCUGAAGCAGAAGUACCUGGUCACCUUCCUGCGCCAGCACGGCCCCGAGGUGUUCCAGGAAGUGCGCUCGGCAUACGUGGACACACUGUCCCGCGUGCUCUCCGCCCACUUCCGCUCCUAUCUGGCUGCCCUGGAGCGCUUGCAGGAGGAUCUGGCGGGUCCAGCGGAUGUGAUUGGGGAGGCGCCGGGGGCGGGGGUGGGCGGCGUGAUGGCGAAUCUAUUCGCGCGCGGGGCCAAUGCGGCGCACAGGGAUGCCUUUGCGCUGGGCGAUCGCGGCAACAUCCUGCACCACCUGGAGCAGGCCGCCAUCAUCCCCCACGUCGCCGAGUCCGAGUCCAAGAAGGCCCCCUUUGAGGUGUUGUUCAGGAGCGUGAACAAGCUGCUCAUGGACACAGCGACUGCAGAGUACCUCUUCUGCUGCGACUUCUUCCAGGAAGACACCAUCUUCAAUGAGCUCUUCGCAGCAACGCUGGCCGUGGUCGAAUCAGCGCUUGCAGCAUCUUUGCAGGAGACGUUUGACUUGGUGGGCCUGCUGCUGAUGAUCAGAAUAAACUACCACCACCAGCUGAUCAUGAACAAACGCCGCAUCCCCUGCCUGGACGACUACUUGGACCGCACCAACCUCCUGCUCUGGCCCCGUUUCAAGGUGAUAUUGGACAUGCAGCUGAGCAGCAUGAAGGCGUACACCCCGCCCAACUUCGGGCAGGACCCUUCGCUGCACUUCAUCACCCAGCGCUACGCCAUGCUCACCACCUCUCUCCUGCUCCUAAACGCAGACUACCAGGAUGGGCAGAUGGAUCACAAUAUAGACCGGCUGCGCUUUGCUGCAAUGGAGGUGCUGCUGCGCCUGUCCAAGCGCUUUGCACGCAGGCGCCUGGGCACCAUCUUCGUCAUCACCAACUUCCACCACAUCGUGCAGCUGCUUCGCGAGGCUGCCAGCAGGGGAGGGCACAUGGCUCACGCCGCUGGCACAUCGCCGCCUCCCCCCACCGCCCCUCUAGGAGCCAGCGGCGCAGAGACGAUCAAGGAGUUCGAGGACCAGUUAACAGCGUGCACAAACAUCUAUGUGGAGGAGGCGUUGGUGCAGCAGUUUGUGGACCUGGUGCGCUUUGUGACAGAGGCGGAGGCCGCUGCCAAGGCCGGUGGCGUGGCCGAGGGCUCCCAUGCGCCGGGGUAUGGCCCCCAGCAGGCCGCGCCCAUCAUGAAAGACUUUGCCUCACGCUGGACCGCCGCCAUAGAAGCCCUCAACAAGGAGACGAUGAAGGAUUUCAGGAGCAGCGCAUGCGGGCGGGAGGUGCUGAAGGCGGCCAUGACGCAGCUGCUGCUGUACUACACGCGCAUGCUGGAGCUGCUCAAGCGCGCCGGCCCCGAGGGCGCAGCAGUCGUGCGCGACGCUGUCACCAUCCCCAGCAUCAUGUACGAGAUCAAACGCUUCAACCGCGCUUGA